AUGGGAGUUGCCACUUCAAAAGAAAACAAUAAAUAUCUACGUAAUUUAAUUAAGAUUUCGGAUUUGCCAGAGAUGGAACAGAGACAAUUUGAAAAGAAACAGACAAAGACUAAAAAGACAAAGUCUAGAGCUCGUUCACUGUCACUGGCACUGCCAUCAACUUUCAGACCAUACGGCAGCAGAGCCUCUACCAUUAUCAAAUCCGAUUCAUUACGCAUGGAAAGCGAUUUACUACCACUAUAUCCAGCACAGCAACAACAACAAAAACCAAAAGAUAGAGAUAGAUUCAAUUACAUUUCCACUCAAUAUAUAGUGGAUCAAUCGCAAUCUACAACACUCAAUUUCAUUUUACCAGACAUUGUCAUUAAAAAUAUAAUUAGCUAUGCAGUAGGAAAUACUUUUCCUUCGAAAAACUUUAACUCUGUUUCACUGGUGUGUCGCGCUUGGUGGCGAAUGUCGUUCCAAUCGGUCACCAGCAUCUACUAUCACUUUCCCUAUAUCUACGAGAAAGAGAGUGACAUCCGACGUUGCAAGUUGAUUGCCCGGUGGCUCUCCACAUCGAAUCACUACGACCAAACCAACCAGAUCGACUCUGUCUCUGUCGAGAGAAUGAAAGCAAUCUCCACACUGCUAGCGGAAAACACUGGCAUCCGCCGACUGGAUAUGUCGUACAACCUCGUUCCCAUACAGGCAAUCGGUCCACUGAUCUCUGUCUUUCACAACGGCCAGGGAGGAUUGCGCGAACUCGUCUGGCGCGAUGCCGCGCUGCAGGACACCCACCUCGAAUCGAUACUCCGUGCACUACAAAACUCUCAGGUAUUUCAUUUGAAUCUCUCUGGCAACGCGCUAGACAGCGACAACCCAGAGAUAUUCUCCAGUAUACUUGCCAACCUGAGUAAACCAUCGCGUUUAACAAGCAUCGAUCUCUCCCUCAACGAGUUUAGUUUCGAGGCGGUCCGCCAAAUCAUCGAGGCUUGUCGCAAGAACCACCGACUUAAACGACUCAAACUAGUCGGAAACAUUCUAUCGGACGAGCAAACUGCCGAACUCAAAUACGACAUUGAAAAGUUAAAGGUACAAAAGACAUUAAGAAGAGGACAAAAUUAA